CAAGCCCGGAAAACUCUGGGCCGCUUUUUGCCAUAGUUGGCAUGUCGCCGCUGCCGCCCCUUGAUGAGGUUCUUCACGCGAAGAUCCUCGGGUACGUGACGGAGCCCAAGGCUUGUGUGAGCUGUCAGUCAUGGAAGCAAUACCUCUACGACGCGCUCAAGUUGGAGCCGCGGAUUCGCUUCAUGCAGCGCGUUAAAGAGGAUGGAUCAGUCACAUUUUGCUACAAUGCUGUGCGACCACUGGGGGAAGAUUUUGAGGAAAGCGUGGGUUACACCUUCAACUUCUUCAGCGAUGGCAUUUACAGGCUGGCGUGGACGAGGACCUAUGAUGCAUGGCGGCCUUUCUGCAAAGCGUGCAUUUCAUGUGAGGUCCAAAAUGACCUGCGGGAGCCGAGGUCCUCACAAGGGGAGCAGCACUACGGCAAGUGGGCUGUCGACAUGGACCACGUUUGCUGUGAAACCCUGGAGCCCAAAGUUCAGGCCGAGGAGACGGAAAUGAGAUACGCGCCCACGGGGUUCAAGUUCGCAGUACCACUGGAGGAGAUCCUGAACGCCAAGGGCGGCUAUUUUCAGGCCAAAGAUGGGUCCAGAGCUGCCGAGUGGGAGCUGCCGGCGCGGACGGGCAAGAUCGACAGUGGUGACUCAGUCUGGACGGCAGGAAUGUGGGCGCCUUUGGAGUCUGAGGUCUCUCAGGUGCAGGCUCCUCAGGCUCCUCAAGUUCUCUCCAGCAUGCGAGCGGAUGCGAGGUAUGUGGACAUAGAUGGAGAGAUGCACGAAGUGUCUGGUGAUAUCGUUGCCAAUUGGCCAGAAGAUCAGUGGCCUCGGCUGAUGCGCUGUCGACUUCGAUUCGGCAUCCGCGGGUGAUGCGUCUUGGUGAUACACGCACCUGCUGGCACUGAAUCCUCCCUACAUCUUCCCAUCACGUUUUCCAGUAGUGAGUUAAAUUUUCGAGCCUUCACAGGGCCUUCCCUGUUGCUCAUAUUGCGUGAAGCGCAACGGUUCAGACGGAUGAACACCAUUGUACAAAGCACCAGCAUCUUAUGCAUCGAGAUGCUUUACAUCAGAUUAUCCGUAGAGGCACUGCGGGCAGGAUUUGCUGGCAGGCAUCUUGCGCACGUUGGGUGCAACACGCGCAGGAACUGCCACACUGCCACCAGUUGGUGGGAGACUCCAACCUGCACGCUUCCAAAUGCGGCAACAUGCACGAAGGGC